AAACAGAAAUCUACCAGUUAUCGCACAGUGACAGUGUUCGCUUCUGUCUAAGAAAGGUCUCUAAGUGGAUAACUCAAAGACGAAGAGAAGCUUCUCUGGAACAAACUUAAUCCACUCGGAUUAUUUUUCUGCAUUUUUCUCUUACGGAUCAUACAACAAGCAAAACCUGCAAACAUGCCCGUGUCAAGGAUGAGGAUGAGGCCGUGGCUGGAGAGGAUGAUCGACUCUAACACCAUCUCUGGAUUGGCUUGGGUGGACAAGGAUAAGACCAUGUUCUCGAUUCCCUGGAAGCACGCAGCUCGGCACGGCUGGGAGAUGGACAAGGACGCGUGCCUGUUCAAGCAGUGGGCCAUCCACACAGGGAAAUACGUGGAGGGCCAGACCUCUGACCCCAAGACAUGGAAAGCCAACUUCCGCUGUGCGAUGAACUCACUGCCCGACAUCGAAGAGGUGAAAGACAGGAGCAUCAACAAGGGCCACCAAGCCAUGCGCGUCUUCAGGAUGCUGCCUGCCACCCCAAAAUCUAGAGAUAAACGAAGCAAAGCAAAGGAGGCAAAGCAAAGGAACAAGGGCCCAGUGGUAAAGAUGGAGGAAGACACAGACUCCAGUGAUACUCAGUCCACACUGUCAGAGGAGAUCCUGUCUACUCAGGAAAACAGAGUCGACAGCACGGUGCACACAGAUCAGCAAGAUUUCCCCUUGAUUGCUUAUUCCGAUGUUCCUGACUAUUCUUCGUCGGUGGAGAUUGAGAAUGACAACUUUUCAGCCUUCUGCCAGAGAUUUGAAGUUUCACCGGAUCACAGCCCUGAGUACGACGACAUUAUUGAGAUUUGCCAGCAACUGGAGAAAGAAACACACUGGCUGUCAAGCAGUUUAGACGGCACGGGGUUCCUGAGCAAUGAAGCAUGCACCAGUCCAGGGAGCCAGUGGAGUGACUCUUCCUCAGCCGACGAACUAGAUGAACUGCCACAGUACACAACUCUGGUCUCAGACUUCACAAGCCACACAGACAACCUCUGGAAACCCUUUUACCCUCCCAUGCUCUGAGCUCCUCAGGACAGGACAGGACAUUGCUUUGACACUUUGGACUUUAAAAAAGCUCUUCCUGGCCCAACAUCUUCUUCCAUUUUCUCAGCCGAAUCACCCACCAUCCCCUCCAACCUGUGUUAGACAUGGUCUACACUUUAAGCUAAAACAUCACCCCCAACCCCCAGCUCACGUGCUACGUGCUUAGUGCACCAGUUCGGUGAGCUUUCCCCAUCUCCCUCAACCUUUAUGUGAAGUUAUGAAGAGAAGAUAUGAAGUGUACUGCUGUUAACAGACUUGCUGUUCAUUAUCUAUGUUUUUGGCUGGUUCAAGGCAUUGUGGUGCUCAGUUUUUUGUGAUGUUGAGCUGUAAUAGGACAGAAAUCUGUUUUGCUCAGGCAUUUAGAUGACCAUACACAGCUAUGAGUACAUACAAGGUAGCCAAUACCCAACCUCAAAAUGCAAAUAGGCUCUCAUCCAGUGCACUUAACAUUUGUCAGAUAGUUAAUGUAUAGUGUCAAAUAAUCAUAACAUACCAUUUUUUUCCGUUAUGAAUUUAAGUGAAUUUUAGUUAAAGGGAUUACCUUCAAAUUUGUCAAAUUACUUUCUCAAACUCACAACCUGUUAACUUCUGGUGAAAGUUGUACUUCAUAAUCUGAAAGUGUGUAUUUGUUCAUGUAAUGGUUUAUUGUAAAUAGUUGUUAAUGUGUGUUUUUAUAAAAUAAAAAAUCUAUUUUAAAAUGUGAA